UUGAAGAAACUCCUCUCCACUCUCCACGGUCUCCAGACUGAGCCGACAGACAGCAAACUGCAGCGCGGUGCGACCAAGAGAGAGGAGACAGUGGGAGAGAGCAAGAGAGAGACUCUCCAGCCUGGGAACUACAACUCCUCUGCGAGAGGCGGAGUACUCCUUCUCCGCAUCUUUUGGGGACUUUUCUCUCUUCGCCCACCUCCGCCCCGGCGAGGAGUGGAGGGGCCCGCCCGGCCACCGCGCGUGUGGUCCCGUUCGGCGUGUGCUUGGCCCGGGGAGCCGGGAGGGCCCGGCGAUCGCGCCGCGGCCGCCGCGAGGGUGUGAGCGCGCGUGGGCGCCCGCCGAGCCGGGGCCAUGGUGCAGCAAACCAACAACGCCGACAACACGGAAGCGCUGCUGGCCGGAGAGAGCUCGGACUCGGGCGCCGGCCUCGAGCUGGGCAUCGCCUCUUCCCCCACGCCCGGCUCCACCGCCUCCACGGGCGGCAAGGCCGACGACCCGAGCUGGUGCAAGACGCCGAGCGGGCACAUCAAGCGGCCCAUGAACGCCUUCAUGGUGUGGUCGCAGAUCGAGCGACGCAAGAUCAUGGAGCAGUCGCCCGACAUGCACAACGCCGAGAUCUCCAAGCGGCUGGGCAAACGCUGGAAGCUGCUCAAAGACAGCGACAAGAUCCCUUUCAUUCGGGAGGCGGAGCGGCUGCGCCUCAAGCACAUGGCUGACUACCCCGACUACAAGUACCGGCCGAGGAAGAAGGUGAAGUCCGGUAACGCCAACUCCGGCUCCUCGGCCGCCGCCUCCUCCAAACCCGGGGAGAAGGGAGACAAGGUCGGUGGCAGCGGCGGGGGCGGCCAUGGGGGCGGCGGCGGUGGCGGGAGCAGCAGCGCGGGGGGAGGAGGCAGCGGCGCGAGCGGCGGCAGCGCCAACUCCAAACCCGCGCAGAAAAAGAGCUGCGGCUCCAAAGUGGCGGGCGGCGCGGGCGGCGGGGUCAGCAAACCGCACGCCAAGCUCAUCCUGGCGGGCGGCGGCGGCGGCGGCGGUGGCGGCGGGAAAGCCGCGGCCGCCUCCCUCGCGGCCGAGCAGGCAGGGGCCGCCGCCCUGCUGCCCCUGGGCGCCGCCGCGGCUGCUGAUCACCACUCACUGUACAAGGUGCGGACUCCCAGCGCCACGGGCUCGGCCUCCACGGCGGCCUCGGCGCUCGCCGCCCCCGGCAAGCACCUGGCCGAGAAGAAGGUGAAGCGCGUCUACCUGUUCGGCGGCCUGGGCACGUCCGCGUCGCCCGUGGGCGGCCUGGGCGCGGGCGCCGACCCCAGCGACCCCCUGGGCCUGUACGAGGAGGGGGGCGCGGGCUGCUCGCCCGACGGGCCGAGCCUGAGCGGCCGCAGCAGCGCCGCCUCGUCGCCCGCCGCCGGCCGCUCGCCCGCCGACCACCGCGGCUACGCCAGCCUGCGCGCCGCCUCGCCCGCCCCGUCCAGCGCGCCCUCGCACGCAUCCUCGUCGGCCUCCUCGCACUCGUCGUCCUCCUCGUCCUCGGGCUCCUCGUCCUCCGACGACGAGUUCGAGGACGACCUGCUCGACCUGAACCCCAGCUCAAACUUUGAGAGCAUGUCCCUGGGCAGCUUCAGCUCGUCGUCGGCGCUGGACCGGGACCUGGAUUUUAACUUCGAGCCCGGCUCUGGCUCGCACUUCGAGUUCCCGGACUACUGCACGCCUGAGGUGAGCGAGAUGAUCUCGGGAGACUGGCUCGAGUCCAGCAUCUCCAAUCUAGUCUUCACCUACUGAAGCGCGCGCAGGGAGAGGGGCGCCAGAGGAGAGAGAGGAAAAAAAAAAAAAGGAAAAAGAAAAAAAUUAAAAAAAAAAAACAGGAAAAGAACAGGUGGCGAGUUGAAAGAGGAAAGGGAAACAAAGAAAAAGAAAAGGAAGAAAAGUGAGUAGGGCUGGCUUCAGCCGCAUUCCUACCUUUGGAGAGCGGCGCGGGGGCGCGCGCUCCCAUCCCCCACCUCCCCGGGCUGGG